CAAAAGGGGAACAUUUAAAACCAAUCCAAACCGCAAGAACCUUCUAGCAAUUACCCCAAAAUCAUGCUACAAAACGUCGCCGUUCUUUCCUCACCAGUUACCAGCCCAAUCAGUUUCAGAUCAUCAUCGGAAAAAAUGGCCGAAAUAGUUGACCUUUUGCCGAAAGAAUACGGCUACAUCAUCCUCAACCUCGUUGCCUACUAUUUCCUCAACUUCUACAUGUCCUUUCAAGUCGGCAGGGCUCGAAAGAAGUACAAUGUUAUGUACCCUGCACUCUACGCUACUGAAGCGGAUACCGAGGAUUACAAACUCUUCAACUGUAUUCAGAGAGGGCAUCAGAACUCGCUGGAAACCCUGUCGAUUUUCUUUGUUUUGAUGGUUGUUGGAGGGCUUAAACACCCGCUAAUAUGCAGUGGUUUGGGAGUAGUUUACACGAUCGCUCGGUUUUUUUAUUUCACCGGUUACUCCUCCGGUGAUCCUAACGGCCGGCUCCCCAUUGGGGGAUUCAAUAAUUUGGCACUGUUGGGACUGGUGAUAGUUAAUAUAUGGUUUGGGGUGAGUCUUUUGAAGGCAUAAAUCAGAAGCAGUUGACAAUGUGAAGAAAAUCAUGUUAUAUGGUUCCUAAAAUAACUUUGUUAUCACUUGUAUUGUUUAUGAAAUGUUGUAGACUUUAUGAAGUGUUGUAGACUUUUCUAGUUACAACAUUUGAUAUUUCAUUGAUCACAUCUUUCCUUUUCUUGAUAAUUAAGAGAUGUUAAGGGCUGAUGCUCCCUAUAAUAUAUUUUCAGAUUAUGGUUUUCA